AGACUGAGGCUAGUUACCACGUCAGUGAGCUGACAGGGAAGGUAGCCGGCUCCACCGACAGUCCCGGCCGAUUUAUCCGGCCCACAGUGAGAUCUCACCCUGAAUUUAGGGUCGACUUCCAGAAAACAGGCUCCCUCCCUUCUCCCAUUUGCCUCCAGAGCCGGGAGCGCGGCUGGGGACGCGUCCGGGGCCCAGGCUGGACAUGAGCAGCGGCUGCCGGUCCUGGGACUAGGCCCCGCCAUUUUGGAUCCGCUGACAGGUUUGUCAGGAUGGUGGAUAAGAAUAUUUACAUCAUUCAAGGGGAGAUUAACAUUGUGGUUGGAUCCAUUAAACGAAAUGCUCGAUGGAGCACUCAUAUUCCACUGGAUGAAGAACGGGAUCCUCUGUUGCAUAGUUUCAAUCAUUUAAAGGAAGUUUUAAACAGUAUAACAGAACUCUCAGAGAUUGAGCCAAAUGUAUUCCUUCGUCCAUUUCUGGAAGUGAUUCGCUCUGAAGAUACCACUGGCCCUAUCACUGGCCUCGCACUCACCUCUGUCAACAAGUUCCUGUCCUAUGCACUCAUAGAUCCUGCUCAUGAGGGCACAGCAGAGGGCAUGGAGAACAUGGCAGAUGCUGUCACUCAUGCCCGUUUUGUGGGCACAGAUCCUGCCAGCGAUGAAGUUGUCCUGAUGAAAAUCCUUCAGGUUCUCCGGACUCUGUUGCUAACCCCAGCGGGUACCCACUUAACCAAUGAAUCUGUAUGUGAGAUUAUGCAGUCUUGCUUCCGGAUCUGCUUUGAAAUGAGACUCAGUGAGUUAUUGAGAAAAUCCGCAGAGCACACUCUCGUAGACAUGGUGCAGCUGCUCUUCACAAGGUUACCUCAGUUUAAAGAAGAACCCAAGAGCUAUGUAGGAACCAACAUGAAGAAGCUGAAAAUGAGAGCAGGAGGCAUGAGUGAUUCAUCCAAGUGGAAGAAACAGAAAAGAUCCCCCCGGCCUCCACGUCAUAUGACCAAAGUCAUAUCCAGUUCAGAGCUGCCCACCCCAAAUGGAGCCACUUUAUCCUCUAAUCUUAAUGGUGGCAUGCCUUUCAUUGAUGUGCCCACAUCCAUCUCUUCUCCAAGUUCAGAAGCUGCCUCAGCAGUGGUCAGUCCCUCUACAGACAGUGGUCUGGAAUUCUCCUCCCAGGCUACCUCCAAGGAGGACCUCACUGACCUGGAGCAAGCUGGCUCUCCAAGGGAAAACACAACUGCAGAGCCUGGGAGUAAUGAGAUAGGGGUUUCCGAUCAACUCGAUCCUCAGCAGGAAGGAGCCCAUGUGGAAAAAGCCCAGUCUGCAUCAGUGGAAUCCAUCCCUGAAGUGUUAGAAGAGUGUACAUCCCCUACUGACCACUCUGACUCUGCCUCUGUCCAUGACAUGGAUUAUGUCAAUCCCCGGGGUGUGCGCUUUACACAGUCCUCCCAGAAAGAAGGUACAGCUUUGGUUCCCUAUGGUCUUCCUUGUAUCCGUGAGCUCUUCCGCUUCCUUAUCUCCCUCACCAAUCCACACGACCGCCACAACUCAGAGGUCAUGAUUCACAUGGGACUGCAUUUGCUGACAGUGGCCCUUGAGUCAGCUCCUGUAGCCCAGUGCCAGGCUCUCUUGGGGCUCAUCAAGGAUGAGAUGUGCCGCCACUUACUCCAGCUACUCAGUGUGGAGCGGCUGAAUCUUUAUGCUGCUUCCCUGCGAGUAUGCUUCUUGUUGUUUGAAAGCAUGCGGGAGCACCUCAAGUUCCAAUUAGAGAUGUACAUCAAAAAGCUAAUGGAGAUCAUCACUGUUGAAAACCCCAAGAUGCCUUACGAGAUGAAGGAGAUGGCACUAGAGGCCAUUGUGCAGCUCUGGCGUAUCCCCAGCCUUGUCACCGAGCUCUACAUCAAUUAUGAUUGUGACUACUACUGUUCCAACCUCUUUGAGGACCUCACUAAGCUGCUGUCCAAGAAUGCUUUCCCCGUGUCUGGUCAGCUCUAUACAACACACCUACUGUCUCUUGAUGCCCUGUUGACAGUUAUUGACAGCACUGAGGCUCACUGCCAGGCUAAAGUCCUCAAUAGCCUCACCCAGCAAGAGAAGAAAGAAAUAACCAGACCCAGCUAUGAGGCAGUAGAUGGCACCCAAGAAACUAGCAAUUCUGAGAAAACAGCCAGUGAUGGGAAAGCCACAGGCAUGACCCUAGAUGCCCCAGGCCUGCAUCUUCCAAGUGGAGGAUGGCUGUCAACAGAACAUGGGAAGCCAGGAUGCAGCAAUCUGGAGGAAGCUGGUGACUCUGGGGGUGACAAAAAGUUUACCAGGAAGCCACCUCGAUUUUCCUGUCUUCUGCCAGAUCCAAGGGAGCUAAUUGAGAUUAAAAAUAAAAAAAAGCUGCUCAUCACUGGCACAGAGCAGUUCAACCAAAAACCAAAGAAAGGGAUCCAGUUUCUUCAGGAGAAAGGCCUCCUCACCAUCCCAAUGGACAACACAGAGAUAGCCCAGUGGCUCCGAGAGAACCCUCGACUAGACAAGAAAAUGAUUGGAGAGUUUGUGAGUGACCGCAGAAACAUUGACCUGUUGGAGAGUUUUGUGAGCACCUUUAGCUUUCAGGGUCUGCGGCUUGAUGAAGCUCUCCGCCUCUACCUGGAAGCCUUCCGUUUGCCUGGGGAAGCACCAGUCAUCCACAGAUUGCUGGAGGCAUUCACAGAGCACUGGAGGAAGUGUAAUGGCUCCCCAUUUGCCAAUAGCGAUGCUUGCUUUGCCCUGGCCUAUGCCGUCAUCAUGCUUAACACUGACCAGCACAACCACAAUGUUCGCAAACAGAAUGCACCCAUGACCCUAGAGGAGUUUCGAAAAAACCUAAAAGGUGUGAAUGGAGGCAAGGAUUUUGAGCAAGACAUCUUGGAAGACAUGUACCAUGCCAUCAAGAAUGAGGAAAUUGUGAUGCCUGAAGAACAGACAGGCUUGGUUCGUGAGAACUACAUGUGGAAUGUGCUGCUUCAUCGAGGGGCUACCCCUGAGGGCAUAUUCCUUCGUGUGCCUCCUGGCAGCUAUGAUCUUGACCUCUUCACUAUGACCUGGGGCCCCACUAUUGCUGCUCUCUCUUAUGUCUUUGACAAAAGCCUUGAGGAGACCAUCAUCCAGAAAGCCAUCUCAGGUUUCAGGAAGUGUGCCAUGAUCUCCGCCCACUAUGGCCUCAGCGAUGUGUUUGACAAUCUCAUCAUCUCUCUGUGCAAAUUCACAGCUCUCAGCAGUGAGUCUAUUGAGAACCUACCCAGUGUAUUUGGAAGCAACCCUAAAGCCCACAUUGCUGCCAAAACAGUCUUCCAUUUGGCCCAUCGUCAUGGUGACAUCCUUCGGGAGGGCUGGAAGAAUAUCAUGGAGGCUAUGCUGCAGCUCUUCCGAGCCCAACUAUUACCCAAGGCUAUGGUGGAGAUAGAAGAUUUUGUAGAUCCCAAUGGCAAGAUCUCUCUACAACGGGAGGAGACACCAUCAAAUCGAGGAGAGUCAACAGUACUUAGUUUCGUGAGCUGGCUAACACUGAGUGGUCCUGAGCAGUCUAGUAUGCGGGGCCCAUCUACUGAGAACCAAGAGGCCAAGAAAGUGGCUUUGGACUGCAUCAAGCAAUGUGACCCAGAAAAAAUGAUCACAGAAAGCAAGUUCCUCCAGUUGGAGUCACUGCAGGAGCUCAUGAAGGCUCUGGUCUCAGUGACACCAGAUGAAGAAACAUAUGAUGAAGAAGAUGCUGCUUUCUGUCUGGAGAUGCUGCUCAGGAUUGUAUUGGAGAACAGGGACCGUGUAGGCUGUGUAUGGCAGACUGUUCGAGAUCAUCUAUACCACCUAUGUGUUCAGGCACAAGAUUUCUGCUUCCUUGUAGAGCGGGCAGUGGUAGGAUUGCUACGUUUAGCCAUUCGGCUGCUCCGAAGGGAAGAGAUCAGUGGUCAGGUCUUGCUCUCCUUGCGCAUCUUGUUACUGAUGAAGCCCAGCGUACUGUCCAGAGUCAGCCACCAGGUUGCAUAUGGGCUCCAUGAACUCCUCAAGACCAACGCAGCCAACAUCCACUCAGGUGAUGACUGGGCCACCCUCUUCACGUUGCUGGAGUGCAUUGGUUCAGGCGUGAAGCCUCCAGAUGCUCUACAGGCCACAGCCAGAGCUGAUGCUCCUGAUGCUGGAGCCCAGUCAGACAGUGAACUCCCAUCCUACCAUCAAAAUGAUGUCAGCCUGGACCGAGGGUACACUUCUGACUCAGAAGUCUACACUGACCAUGGUAGGCCUGGCAAGAUACACCGAUCAGCCACAGAUGCUGACAUGGUCAACAGUGGUUGGUUAGUGGUGGGGAAGGAUGACAUUGAUAACUCCAAGCCAGGAGCAGGGCCCAGCAGGCCAGGCCCUUCACCCCUGGUUAAUCAGUAUAGCCUCACGGUGGGCCUGGACCUGGGGCCACAUGACACUAAGUCCUUGCUUAAGUGUGUGGAAUCACUAUCCUUCAUUGUUCGUGAUGCUGCCCACAUCACCCCUGACAACUUUGAACUCUGUGUCAAGACUCUCCGCAUCUUUGUAGAGGCCAGUCUGAAUGGUGGGUGCAAGUCCCAAGAUAAACGUGGCAAGAGUCACAAAUAUGACAGCAAAGGGAACCGCUUCAAGAAGAAAUCCAAGGAGGGUUCAAUGCUUCGGAGGCCCCGAGCCUCUAGCCAACAUGCUGCUCGGGGUGGACAUAGUGAUGAAGACGAGGAUGAAGGCGUGCCUGCCAGCUACCAUACGGUGUCUUUACAGGUCAGUCAGGACUUGCUAGACCUGAUGCACACGCUACACACUCGGGCAGCCUCUAUCUACAGUUCAUGGGCAGAGGAGCAACGCCAUUUGGAGACAGGUGGUCUGAAAAUUGAUGCUGAUUCCCGUACCCUCUGGGCUCACUGCUGGUGCCCUUUACUACAAGGUAUCGCCUGCCUGUGCUGUGACGCCCGGCGCCAGGUGCGGAUGCAGGCCCUGACCUAUCUGCAGCGAGCACUAUUAGUACAUGACUUACAAAAGCUAGAUGCCCUGGAAUGGGAGUCCUGUUUUAACAAGGUGCUGUUUCCUCUACUGACCAAGCUCUUAGAGAACAUCAGCCCUGCCGAUGUGGGUGGGAUGGAGGAGACUCGGAUGAGGGCUUCCACACUGCUCUCAAAGGUCUUCUUACAGCACCUGUCUCCACUGCUAUCACUCUCCACCUUUGCUGCCCUCUGGCUCACCAUCCUGGACUUCAUGGACAAGUACAUGCAUGCAGGUUCUAGUGAUUUACUGUCAGAAGCCAUCCCUGAAUCUUUGAAGAACAUGCUCCUGGUGAUGGACACAGCAGAGAUUUUCCAUAGUGCAGAUGCACGAGGAGGUGGCGCCUCUGCCCUCUGGGAGAUUACCUGGGAGCGCAUCGAUUGCUUUCUACCACACUUACGGGACGAACUUUUCAAGCAGACUGUCAUCCAGGACCCCAUGCCCAUGGAACCACACAGCCAAAAACCUCUGGCCUCCACCCACCUUACUCCGGCUGCUGGUGACCCCAGGAUGCCUGGCCAUGCGCCUCCCCCAGAGAUACUCUCAGAACUGGGGUCCUGUGACUCAGAGAAGCCUGAGAGUCCUCAAGCCACCAGCAGCAGUUCCCCUGGAUCACCAGUGGUCUCUAGCCCCAACAGACUGAGUCCUACCCCAGAGGGGCCUCCCUCACUCUCCCAGCCCCCACUAAUCCUACAGCCCUUGACCUCUCCACUGCAGGUGGGUGUGCCACCCAUGACUCUGCCCAUCAUCCUCAACCCUGCUCUCAUCGAAGCCACUUCUCCAGUGCCUCUCCUGGCUACACCACGCCCUACAGACCCCAUACCCACCUCCGAAGUCAACUAAAGCUGGUCCUCAAUGAUCAGGACGAUUACUUCCCAUGAGGUUAUCCUAGGCCCCUCUGCCAUCUCAGGGGCCACAAAAAUCUUCAGGCCUAAAGCGAUCUACUGUUGCUACCACUUAGAUGGGAAAAAGAACUUUUGUAGUCUCUGCUGGGACCCACUUCUGACUACAGGACCUUCUCCUCUACUGUCCAUUCCUGAGGGUCCAGCCUGAGAGCACACUCAGCUCAUACCUGUAGCCUCUGCCUCCAGCCUGGCAGCCCUGGGGAGGCAUGGAGCCAACCCUGCAGUGCAGCCACGUGCCCCUCCUGCCAGGUCAGGCAUUAGGAGCCAAACGCAACUACUCUGCACUUUGUUCCUCUCUCCCAUCCUAGUCCCAACAGUCCUGGGCCACCUUCUCCUAGUCUUCUUUAUUAAAUAGUUGGUCAGUUUGGAGAGUUGCUUGGCACUGUGGAGAGUGGACAGGUAGAACUGGAUGGGGAGACUGCCCACAGAAGCAUGUAGAUAUGGAGAAAAUGACAACAGUGGACUUUUUAUGAUGUAAUAAAUGUCUUAGUACCAACACA